AUGCGUGCAGCGGCGCCAAGCCCAUGGCUAAGGCUGUGGCAGCGAGCGGUUGCUUUUUUCGCCCCCAAUCGAAGCUACAGGAGGAUCGAGUACAGCCAUUUCGAUGAAGCGGCUUGCGAAGCAGGAAAUGCAUGGAUAGAGAUAGUACAUGAAGGUGUUUGGCAACAGAAUGGAGGAUCAAGUGCAGUGCUGUCAGCCUCCUUGGCUUCCCUCAUGGUCACUGGCUCCUCUAUCAGGCAGGGAAUCGAGCGCCCUUGCUUGACGCCAGUGAACAUCUUGCCGCCAGCACAGUGCUUUGAUGCUGUGGGAACACUUGAGGCAGCCGUUUUUGCAGUUGGGCGCCGCCUGCCCCUGCAACGGUCUGGGCCUGAGGAUCCGGGGUGCACUUUGUUUGUUGAAUCCUACAGAUUCGUUGCAUUAACAAACAAGAACUUUUCGUUUGAGCUUUUCGUGUUGCUUCCGUUUUGGCCGCAUCUUGACCGCAAGGGGCAAAGAAUCACGGAGAGUCUCCGGGGUGUGCAGGAUUGUCCCAUCAUCAACGAAGCCUACCUGGGGAAGACGCAGUACUUUACCUACAACUCUUCCGAGGAGAGAAUUCUGUGGAUUUUUGCAGCCCAGGGCCCAAGCCAGCAGCGUUUCCCGCAGGCCCAGGCAUGCUUUUAUGGGGCCAACACCAACCAGGCGGCAAACAUGGAGGGAUUCCAAUGUCGACAAACAUGGCUGAACAUGGCUGAACAUGACUUGGAUUCUGGUCCUUUUUGCAUCAGGCUCUGGCAUGGUUCAAUCCUCAGGACUGACCACCGCCCGAAUCGCUGGCGCAAGGUUCGUGCACAAAUGGAUGAGCAUUUGGCCUGGUAUUGGGUCUGGGUUUAAAACUAAUGUACAAACAAUUUGGAUGUAGGCUGCCAAAUAUGAUCAAUGAUUAACAUGUGGUUCCCAGGUCCUUUCAUUUUUGACCCGUAGGUCCUUUCGCCAGUUUGGUGAACCGCUCAUCAUUGGGGGAAACUGCAGGACAUGAUCUGC